AUGGCCGUGGCCCAGAACCGAGGCAACCCGGAGUUCCAGCAGCAACAGCAUACGCCGCCACCGCCGCAAAGGAACGAGCGGUGGGCAACCAGCGCUGCCCGGGGCAGCGAUUCGCGUGCUGCUACACCUUUGCGCACCCUCGGCUCUGCAAACGCCGACCCCGGUGAAAGUCAGCCGUCGUCGUCGGCUUCGCUUCAGCAGACGACCAACAGCACGCGCUUGCGAAGCAUUCCGCGCCUUCGGUCACAGCUUCCGAUCCCGGCCUCCGAUCCCGGCGUGGAAGGUGCAUCGCUGAGCAGUGAGGUGCAGCACAGUUACCAGCUGCGGUCGCGCAUUCCGCGACCUCCAAACGCCUUCAUGCUGUCUGCACAUGAAAAGUGGCGAUCGGUGGCCGCUGAGAACCCGAACGAGAACAACCAGCAUGUGAGCAGCCUCCUGGGCAAGCUGUGGCGUUCUCUCAGCGUCGCCAACAAGGAGCCUUACCGGCGCAAGCCGGCCGCAUCUGCCGACGUCCACCGAAGGAAGCACCCGGAGUGCGUACACAAUCCACGUGAGGCCCAGCGGCGCAAGAUGCAGGCGCGCAGGACCAAGGCGAUUUCCGGCAAGCUCAAGAAUGGCACUUCCGGCGACCAGCAGCAGCAGGCGAGCAUUUCCAUGGCCGUGGCCCAAGAUCGAGGCACCUCGUAG